CACAUAGACUACGGUGCGCGCUGCCCUCGCGCAUCACUCGACUCCGCGCACCGCAGUCUCGGCACAGCCCCGCACUGUAUACGCGUUCGGGAGCACGACUCUCGUAGCGACUCGACGAACAGGAUAAGUUAAGCGAGCACAAUGCCUUUCAAACCGAUAGAUAACCCGAAGUGUCCGAAAUGCGGCAAGUCCGUAUAUGCAGCUGAGGAGCGCGUCGCUGGCGGGCUCAAAUGGCACAAGAUGUGCUUCAAGUGCGGUCUUUGCCAAAAACUUCUGGACUCCACCAACUGUUCCGAGCACGAGGGUGAACUUUUCUGCAAAGUUUGCCAUGCGCGUAAAUUCGGACCCAAAGGCUACGGCUUCGGCGGCGGUGCUGGCUGUCUGUCCAUGGACUCCGGCGACCACCUAAAGGGCGAGAACGCGAAUGGGUUAAGAACCAACGGCGCCUGCAUGGAGCCACGAAUGAUAGCGAAGGCUCCACCCGGCGAGGGCUGCCCGCGUUGUGGCGGCUACGUCUAUGCGGCGGAGCAGAUGCUCGCUCGUGGACGGGGGUGGCACAAGGAAUGCUUCAAGUGCGGCGAAUGUUCCAAGCGCCUCGACUCUACCAACUGCUGCGAGGGUCCCGACAAAGACAUUUACUGCAAAGUAUGUUAUGGGAAGAAGUUUGGUCCUAAGGGAUACGGUUAUGGCAAGGGCGCAGGAGUUUUGCAGAGCGACCCCUACGCCAAUGGGGGUGUUGGACACGGGGGAAUGUCAUCCUUGGGUCUUGUAUGUGAUUUAAAGGACAGAGAAUGGCAAAGUGACUUGGCGCCUAGGACGACCGUCAUAGACACUGCCGCUAUCAAAGCGCCCCCGGGCAAGGGUUGUCCCCGUUGUGGCGGCGUUGUGUUCGCAGCCGAGCAAGUCCUCGCAAAGGGUCGCGAGUGGCAUCGCAAAUGCUUUAAAUGCCACGAUUGCACCAAAACCUUGGACUCCAUCAUCGCAUGCGACGGACCCGAUAAUGACGUCUACUGUAAGACCUGUUACGGAAAGAAAUGGGGUCCCCACGGUUAUGGCUUCGCAUGCGGCUCCGGUUUUCUGCAAACUGACGGCCUGAGUGAGGAAGAAAUAUCUGCCAAUCGCCCAUUCUACAACCCUGAUACAACUAGCAUCAAAGCUCCGAAAGGUCAGGGAUGCCCCCGAUGUGGUGGUAUGGUCUUCGCUGCUGAGCAACAGCUGGCUAAGGGAACCAUGUGGCACAAGAAAUGUUUCAACUGUGCUGAGUGUCAUCGUCCACUGGACUCAAUGCUUGCUUGCGAUGGUCCCGACAAGGAGAUUCAUUGCCGAGCAUGCUAUGCAAAACUCUUUGGCCCUAGAGGUUUUGGGUAUGGGCAUGCACCAACCCUAGUCUCCACAGACUCCGAGCCACAAAUCACAUACACCGAACAAAUGCCAUUCACUGGUCCCAAAGCAGCGAAGGGGCAGGGUUGCCCACGAUGCGGAUUCCCAGUUUACGCCGCUGAACAAAUGCACUCUAAGAAUGGCACAUGGCACAAACGGUGCUUCGCAUGUGCGGAUUGCCACAAAUCUCUUGAUUCCACCAACCUAAACGACGGGCCCAACGGUGAAAUUUACUGCCGCAGCUGCUACGGACGAAACUUUGGCCCCAAAGGUGUUGGUUAUGGUUUGGGCGCAGGCACAUUAACCAUGGCUUAAAUCUAUCAAGCUGGACUUGUAGAUAUAAAACUGAAAAUAUACAUAAUCAUAAUAUUAUACGAUAUGGUAGCAAAAAGUACCUGCUACCUAGACGAUUUGAUCAUACCAUUUAUUAAACUGGCUUUAAUAAUGGUUGAUAUGGAAUAAUAAGACUAAUGAGUUAUGUUAUAUGUAAUUGUAAUAAGCUAAUAAAAUUAUAUUUAGCACUAAGCGAAUAUUUUAUGAUAAGAAAAUAUAAAUUAAGGUUACAUUCCUUUCAUAAUAUGUACAAACUGUGAUGAAUGUGUCUGGGCCCUUAGUUUAUAAAUUCAUCAUAAAAUAUUGGAGUGAUGGGAGUAUGUAAGGUAUAGGCUUAAAAUAGGUAUGUUAUAGAUAUGUAAUAUAUAAAAUAUUAUACGAUAAAAAUACUAAAAAAUAAAAUAAAGUAAAAAAAAAGUAAAAUGGCAUUGUGAUUAUACCUUUUAAUAUCAUUUUUGAUAUUGAAGGUAAAAAAAAACUAUCCUGUAAACGCGGUAAGAUUGCAC